GGCUCCCGGCGCGGCGGGGCCCGCAGAGCCAGGCAUGGGCGAGCGCGGCGCGGGCGGCUCCCGCCGCAGGCGGUCCGGGCCCCGGCGGCCCAGCGCGGGCAGCCCGGGCGAGGGGGAGCCCGAGCGGGAGGCGGAGCCGCCCCGGCGGGGCCCGGAGCCGGCAGCGGAGCCCCCCGCGGAGAGCGACCCCGACAACUGCGGGGACUUCAGGUGUCACAAGGCGCAGGAGUCUCUGCUCAGCUCGUCCAGUGGGUACAGCAACUACCGAGGCAUCCUGAACUGGUGUGUGGUCAUGCUGGUCUUGAGCAACGCCCGGCUCUUCCUAGAAAACCUCAUCAAAUACGGUAUAUUGGUGGAUCCAAUCCAAGUGGUCUCCCUGUUCCUGAAGGACCCCUACAGCUGGCCCUCCUUGUGCCUUGUCAUUGUGGCCAAUGUGUUUGCGCUGGCUGCUCUGCACACGGAGAGACGCCUGGCAGCGGGCUUCCUCUCGGAGAAAGUCGGCACGGUCCUCCAUGCAUUCAACCUCCUGACCAUCCUGUGUUUCCCAGCGCUGGUGGUUCUGAUGGUCUCCUCCAUCACUCCAGUCGGUGCAGUGUUCGCUCUGUCCAUCUACACCAUCCUCUUCCUCAAGCUUUUCUCCUUCCGGGAUGUGAACAAGUGGUGCCGAGCCCGGGGCCGGGCAAAGGCUGGGCGUGUGCGCUCAGCUUCUGGGCCGAAGAAAGCCAAUGGGGAGGUGGCGCAGAGCGGGGUGUACUAUCCAGCUAACCUGACCUAUAAAGACAUGUACUACUUCCUGUUUGCUCCCACGCUCUGCUACGAGUUGGACUUCCCUCGCUCGCCCCGGAUACGCAAGCGCUUCCUGCUCCGCAGGCUCUUCGAGAUGCUCUUCUUUAUCCAGCUGCUGGUGGGGCUGAUACAGCAGUGGAUGGUCCCCACGAUCCAGAACUCGAUGAAACCUUUCCGGGAUAUGGACUACUCGCGAAUCAUAGAGCGCCUCCUGAAGCUGGCUGUCCCCAAUCAUUUAAUCUGGCUCAUCUUCUUUUACUGGUUCUUCCAUUCCUCCCUGAACGUCCUGGCUGAAGUGAUGCGGUUUGGCGACCGGGAGUUCUACAGGGACUGGUGGAACUCCGAGUCCGUGACGUAUUUCUGGCAGAACUGGAACAUACCGGUCCACAAGUGGUGUCUCAGGCACUUCUACAAACCAAUGAUCAAGAGGGGGGUCAGCAAGUGGACCGCCCAGACUGCAGUGUUCCUGGCAUCGGCUUUCUUCCACGAGUACUUGGUGAGCGUGCCCCUGAAGAUGUUCCGGCUGUGGGCAUUCAUGGGGAUGAUGGCUCAGAUCCCGCUGGCCUGGCUUGUGGGAAGGUUCCUCAGAGGCAACUAUGGGAACGCAGCCGUAUGGAUCUCCCUGAUCAUCGGGCAGCCGAUAGCCGUCCUGAUGUACGUUCACGACUAUUACGUGCUCAACUAUGAAGGCAGCCAGUAAUGCAUGUGGACUCCCUGUUCCUCCCUCUCCUUCCGGUGGUUGGCAAGGAGCCGACCAGGGGUCAGAACCCCCCACUUCCUGCUGCUCUCCGGAAGCCGCUGGGACCGACUGUAACACCAGCACGUGUGCGGAGAGGUCACUGUCUGAGGAAGCUGCCUUGUCUUUUUAUAUGGGGGUGUAAUCAAUGGGGAUGACUGUUUUUGUGAAUUGAAUGUUGGAUCAAUGCAAUAUCCUCCAGUGAGAAGCACCAGAGAGGAGGAAGGGCCCUCCAGGUGCCACUGGCCCCUUCUCUCUUAUCGCUGGUGUUAACGCUCAGGAUCAGAUUGUUGAGAGGGCAUUUCCCAGGCUCCUUUAACAGGGUGUUCAGGGCAGAGUUUAGGGCCUGCCCAAGGCAGCACCAACAUCUUCUGAGGCCCUCUGGAGAGCUUGGCUAGCUGAGCCUUCAGAACGUGCUUCUGCACUGGCCGCCUCUGGACUGUUCCCUCAGUCUUGGCAGUAGGAGAUGGGUACCUGCCGCCUCGUCCCUUGGAGCUGGCCAGCAGCAAGGGCUGGGCCUCCAUGUAGGGUGUCAGAGCUUUAAUGUGGUGGCUCCUUUGCUCUGACCGGUGCAGAGAGGCAGCCAGCCAGCUGGGAGCUGCCAUGUUUAGGGCACUUUAAAAGGACUUUCACUGAAGUCUCAAAUUUUGUUCCCAUUCCGUCCCAUGUCCAGACGCUCUGGCUGCCUCCUCUUUAAAAGGCAGCUCUCGCUGAAGGGUCUCUCCCUCACACUGAUCCUGCAGCCCUCCUGGGAAUCCUUCAUGGUACCAGCCUCUCCCUUGGGCUAGCCCCUGGCUGCAGGACCAGCAGAUGGCACUGGGCUCCUCAGGCAUGCACCAGUACUUCCCACUUCAGCCAAGGUGAACCAGGAGCUGCCUGCUCUUGUGUGAAGCUCCCUGUGUAGGGGAGUCAUGACAGUUGCCUCUGGUUUCUGUACUGUGCACGGGUUCCACUUGGGCUCCUCUUGGAGGCCGCCAUAGUCCGUCCUCAAGCACUCCAAGUGCUAGGUGAAGCCUCCCAGGUGGCUGCAUGGCCCUCCAUGGCUGUGCUGUCUGGGGGUGUGACUCUGAGAUGGCAGAUGCAAUCUGGAUUUGUGUUGAAUGUCCCCUUCAGGGGGCCAUGACCUGUCCAUGCAGGGGCCAUAGUACUGUGUGCGCUACCCCGUCUCCAAAAAACUUGCCCGCCCUAGCAACUUCUGACACUUCGUCUGUAUCUGCCAAACCGUGAAUAAAGCAUCUUUUCCAAAA